AUGGACGAUGAGAGCUACAACAGUUUGCCAAAUGGGGUCAUUACAGGAAGCCCUGAAAGCCCCUCCCUAAAGACUUCUUCAAGCACCAACAAUAAUAACAAUAGCAGCAGCAACAAAGAACAAGAUCGCUUUCUCCCCAUAGCCAAUGUGGGAAGAAUCAUGAAGAAAGUUAUGCCUGCGAAUGGAAAAAUCUCAAAGGACGCUAAAGAGACCGUUCAAGAAUGUGUAUCGGAGUUCAUCAGCUUCGUCACCGGGGAAGCCUCUGAUAGAUGUCAAAAAGAGAAGAGGAAGACCAUCAAUGGAGAUGAUAUUAUAUGGGCAAUCACAACCCUGGGGUUUGAGGAUUACGUGGAACCUUUAAAAUGUUACCUUCAAAAGUAUAGAGACAUAGAAGGAGAGAAGCUUAAUAUCCCAAAACAACAACGUUCUGAGCAAAGGCUCCACCAUCACCACCACCACCAAGACCAAGCUAAUACUGUUAAUAAUAAUAAUUUACCUUUAACUAGUGUCUAUUCUUCCACAAAUCUAAUUUCUCAGCCUGCCUAUGUGGCUGCUGGCCAGCCCUUUACUCUACCGUUCUCCCCAAAUUCUAUCAAACAGGACCAGAUUGAUUCGGUGGCACACUGGUAA